CGUACAAAUCGAUUCUUAUUCAGUUCAACCACAGAGUGAGUUUGACUAAAAAAAACGGUUUAUAAGCUACUGUUCAUCGUGGACUCUGGCUCACUAGUUUACCGGUCAUCCGUCCAAUCGGUCCCGUCGCGGUUUUUUCGGAGUUUUUACCUUUUGUUUUGAAACGCCACAAACCGCCAAUUGUGAUUCGUGCUACCCGGUCAUAAUGGCCUACGUGCUCCAGAAGUGGAUCGAUGGAUACAAUGGGUUUCUUCAGGACCACAGAGAUGAUCGCAGUGCUGACCUUCCCCUGCUCAACACUAACUGGCAGGUGCCGUUGAUAGUCGGAGUAUACUUGCUGAUAGUUCUCCAGAUUGGACCGCGGAUGAUGGCGAAUCGGAAACCGUUUGAGCUGAAAGGUCUGAUCCGGGCAUACAACCUUUUGCAAGUUGCCAUCAACUGGAUGCUGUUCAUGGUCAUCGGCUUCAUACUCUUCAACCGACCUGAUUUCUCUUAUGUGUGCCAACCAGUUGACUUCUCCCGAACUACACGAGGAUACGAAGAAUUGUUCGUUUCGUAUGCGUAUUUUGUACUGAAAGUACUGGAUUUGGCAGAUACCCUGCUAUUCAUAUUACGAAAAAAGCAAUCCCAAGUGUCAUUCUUACAUGUGUACCAUCACUCAAUGAUGGUUCUCGUUUCCUAUUACGGAGUUCUAUUCGUACCAGGAGGUCACAACUUCAUCCUGGGCGUAUGGAACACAUUAGGACACGCAGGCAUCUAUCUCUACUACUUUUUCGCCACUUACAACUCUAAAGUAGCCGCACGAUGCAAGAUACACCUAACUAGGUUGCAACUGGUGCAGUUUGUCUACUUGACGGUUCACUUCGGGCGACCAGCUUUGACGGGAAUGCAGUGCGGUUUUUCUCAACUCUGGCACUGGAUCGGGCUCGUCCAGACGGUGUUCUUCUUGGGAAUGUUCCUGGAUUUUUAUAUCAAAUCCUACGUUAAGAAACCAAAAAAGGUGGAAUAGUAGUUAGUAGCUUUAGGAGAUUUUUUUAGUAGCAUUUGUAGAAAACAAUGCAAAGAAAUGAAAUGGUUUAAAAUAUGAUUACCAAAGAACUAUGAUUCAAACACAUUUUGGUGUGUGAAAAGUACAAAACUUUAAUAAACCCGUAAUACUCCUAGAGUUGUGAGAAUAGA